AUGGAAAGCAAUGCGGCCAGGUUAUGCAAACUCCGUGCUCUCGGGGUAGUGGAAAAAUACAUGACAGCCCGGAGUGACCUGGGAAUCUACAAUAACGUCGCCGUCACCGCAUGGUACACAUACACACGCACUUCGUCGAUGAGCUAUGGCAAUGUAAACCUUCGAACCGCACUAUUCAACGCCAUCGCGACCGUGAUUUCCCAACACCCAAUCCUCUCCGCUAUCCCCCUCGGUACCAACACGUUGACGCCAUAUUUCGCGCACUUGCCUUCAAUCGACCUCAAUCAGGUCAUCACAUUCAUUCGCAUCCCCAACCUUUAUGUUCAUUCCGAAGGCGAAGAUAAAAGUAGCCAUGGAAGAUCCCCUGCCCUUGAUCGAUUUAUACAGGAACAACAUAACCGACCGUUUGCCUAUACCCAGCCAUUAUCCCCUUUUUGGCGCGUUUAUAUUCUAACAGACGAAAACGAAGACGAACACACCAGCGACGAGUCGAAAGGGCAAUUCGUACUCUCGUUCUUUUUUCAUCAUUGUAUAGCAGAUACGAAGAGUGCGUUGGUAUUUCAUCAGUCUGUUGAAAACGCACUUGCCCAUCCAAACCGGGAAUCCCAGGAAAAUUCGGAUGGUAUAGUACGGACGAUGGAGAUGGACCUUCUUCCACCGUUGGACGAUUUUUUGGAUAAAGGCUCUCCAAGUCUAAUUACACGUAGCAUGGAUCAAGAGCAACAUGCACAGCCCCAAUCAUCAAGUACGAACACAAAUACAUGGACGGGUCCAGCGCAGGUCGUACCAGUCACGACUAAAUUCCGCUCCCUUCGCGCUUCGUCUAUUACGUCUAGCAAAUUACUCGAAACUGGCAAAAAAAGAGGUCUAUCACUUACAUCAACACUUCAAUCCAUGCUUGCUGCGGCUUUAUUCGAAUGCUUACCUCCGCAAUAUACAAGCAUUAAAAUAGAUUGUGCGGUUUCGCUGCGUCAGUGGCUCCCUACCCCUGUGACUGAGACAUCGAUGGGGACCUUUGUCGAUAUCUUCGGUGAAACGUACUCUCGGGAGUCUGAACAGGCUACCUUUAGUUGGGACGAUGCGCGAAGGACCCAAAGGGCAAUUUCCAACGUCAUGCAGAGGAGAAAAGGUGAUGAGUUGUGGAAGACGCUCAUGCAAGUCGAAAACGGGGAUCUGAAGGCUUGGUUGCAGGGCAAGUUAGGACAUUCUAGGGUAUGCGCAAUGGAGUUGUCGAAUGUUGGUAAACUACCCAAACCAGCGUCGCCGACGAGGGAAUCAAAAGGCUAUGAGUACCAGAUUGAGGGAUUAUUGUUCAGUCAGAGUGCAGGGGCAUGCAGUGCGGCGAUUAAGGUGAGUGCGGUGACAGGGAGAGAUGGGUGUUUGACACUGGGGUUUUCGUGGCAAGAAGGUGUUGUCGAUGAUAAAAUGGUGGAAAGGGUGAUUUGUGAACUUGAGAGGAUUGUUAAGGAGACGUUGCAGGAGUCGGAGCAGGGAGACAGAAGGAAGCCACUUCUGACGACAAAUUGA